GAAACGGAAAAACACGAGUGUGCGUCGCCUCGGUAGAUAUCAGUUGAAUUAUUCGGCUAAAAUGCCCUGGCACGGGCAUACGUAGUCGUCGGUCCGCCAUUACGACGCAGCCGAAGACACGUUCGUCGUAUUUAGUUAAAUAUUUUCGUUUAUAAAUGAGUAAUAACGCUCAUGAACUAAGUAAUCGACUUCUGAAUGCGUUGGAUAACAAUUACAAUGUUGUCGACAUGCAUACUGUCAACGAAAUUAUUUCCGUAUUGGAGAGAAUCAAUAUCACAAAAGAGUUGUUGGAGACCACCCGACUGGGCAAACACGUAAAUGAGCUGCGACGGAAGACGACGGACCCGACCCUCGCGCGCCGUGCCAAGGUGCUGGUGAAGCGGUGGCGGGACCUCGUCAUACCCUCCGUCGCCUCGCCCGGACAUACAGGUACCAUGAUUAAUUAGUACUUAGAGAUUUAAAAUCGAAACUAUUUAAACAAUACAUCUGUAGCCAGGUGGGAGAAGCCUAUGUCUAACAGUGGACUGAGUCAGGACGAUGAUGAUGUUUCGAUUUGUAUGUCCUUAACACAUUAAGAUUUAAUAGUUCUGAAACUGUUGGUAUAAACUUCAAAAAUCCGUCUAUGAUAGCGCAGCCUAGGGCAGUUCUUCGAUGGAAAAUUUAACAUUUGAAAAGAUAUAAGUCAAUAUGCAAGUGAAAAUCUCGACUAACGAUCGAAUUGUUCGAUUUAUUCCUAUUUAAAUUUAAGAACCUUAAGAUUUGUACGAAAACAUUUGGGCGAUCUAGGAAGC